AUGGCCUCCACGGCAGCCUCCCCGGGAGGAGUGGGCAGCUCUGUACCUUCCAGGACCCAGGGCAGGCCCAGAGGAGUGAUUCCUGCUCCUGGGGCUCAGGGGCCUGCAGCGGAGCCUCGCGGGGCGGCCACGCGCUCACAGCUGCACGAUCACACGCACGGAGCCCCCUCCCCGCGCCCGGCUGAGGCGGGGCUCAGGCCGGCUCCGCAGAUACUCACUCCCCACACCGGGCUCAGCCCCAUGCCCGGCGCACGCACGCCCCGGCACACCCCCGCCACACGCUCCUCCGGGCGAACCCGCGCUGGGAGACCAGGGCCAGGCCUAAGGUUCCGCGGCCCGGAGCCAUCGGACGCCGAGCGACCAGCAGAUAGGUCCCGAGGCGGACAGAGACCGCUGACGUUCACCCUUGGGGUGGGAAAGGAAGGUCUGGGUGGCGGCCCAGCCCUGGCGGCACAGGGCUGUGCCAUGAACACAGUGAUGAUGUCGGCGUCAGGAACACUGAAUAUAUCUGAAUGUAUGACUGGUGUAUCUGUGCAUGUAGCUCUGCAGUUCAUCGCUAUAGACUGGAUGGUUGGGAGUAUCAUCUAUGUCUGCUUGCCUGUGUUCUGUGUGAUAGUGCAUAGAUGCCUUGUGCCGAUUGAAGUAAAGUUCUCAGUCAAGUUCACCAGCAGGGAGUUCAGCUUGAAGAAGAUGCUGUCCCAAAAACAGACGGGCUUUGGAGUCCAGAUUGCUGUGGUCACCAAGAGAGAGAGGUCCAAGGUGCCCUACAUCGUGUGCCAGUGUGUGGAGGAGAUCAAGCGCCGAGGCAUGGAGGAGGUGGGCAUCUACUGUGUGUCCGGAGUGGCCAUGGACGUCCAGGCGCUGAAGGCAGCCUUCGACGUCAAUAACAAGGACGUGUCGGUGAUGAUGAGCGAGAUGGACGUGAACGCCAUCGCAGGCACGCUGAAGCUGUACUUCCAUGAGCUGCCCGAGCCCCUCUUCACUGAUGAGUUCUACCCCAACUUUGCUGAGGGCAUCGCUCUUUCAGACCCCAUUGCAAAGGAGAGCUGCCUGCUCAACCUGCUGCUGUCCCUGCCGGAGGCCAACCUGCUCACCUUCCUUUUCCUUCUGGACCACCUGAAAAGGGUGGCAGAGAAGGAAGCAGUCAAUAAGAAGUCCCUGCACAACCUCGCCAUGGUCUUUGGCCCCACACUGCUCCGGCCCUCAGAGAAGGAGAGCAAGCUCCCUGCCAACCCCAGCCAGCCCAUCACCAUGACUGACUGA